GCAUGAGCAUUUUAUAAAAAUUUUAUUUCAUAACAGAUUGUGGAAAACUAGAAAACUUAAGUUUGACUAAUGUUAAUGAAAGGAAUUAUAUGAACGGCACGGUGUUUACAUCAAUCGCAAACAUGAGUUGUGAUGUUGGUUUUAAAGAUAAAGAUGGAGACAAAACCGAAGAUGUAUCCACCACAAUUAUAACCUGUAGUGAAACAGGAAACUGGACGAAUUUACCAACCUGUAUAAGAAAAGAUUGUGGAAAUGUAACAUAUUUAAAAAUCCGUAAGGCAGAUAAAAGACGUCAAAAGAAUGGUACUGAGUAUGAGUCAACUGCUGAAAUAGACUGUGAUGCAGGAUUUCAUAACAAGGAUGUCACCCAAACAAGCGCAAUAUCAACAACAACUAUAACAUGCUCUGAUAGAGGAACAUGGAUGAAUAUACCUACAUGCGUCCCCAAAGGUAACAAAGAGAAUAUAGAAUUUAAUUGUGGACAAUUACCUUUACCUUCGAAUGGUACAAUCAUCUAUGUCUCAAACACGACUACAUUUACAUCUAAGGCAGAGUAUGUCUGCGACAAUGGCUAUCAAGUAAAUGGGUCUGACAGUAUAAAAUGCAAGGAUACUGGUUUUUGGAGCGAUAAUACAACAUACUGUCAAAUAAAAGACUGUGAACAAGUAUCACCCCCAUCAAAUGGUGAAAUUAUUCUUCAUCAGAACAGUACAGUUUACGGUUCAAAUGCUUCAUACAUCUGUGAUGAGGGCUACAACAUGAAAGGUCAAGCAAACAUAACAUGCGAAGCUUCAGGAAGCUGGGAUUACAAUACAACUUAUUGCGAAAUAAAAGAUUGUGGGAUGCCAAAUGUUCCGCAAGACGCCUCUGUUUCUGCUCCAAAUGGUACAAAAUUUAAAGCCAUCGUUGAAUUCAAAUGCCAUUCUGGAUAUACUCUACAUGGGGAUAAUACUACAAGUUGUAUGCCAGAUGGAAAGUGGAAGCAAUACACUGUGAAUUGUACUCAAAAUAAAUGUGACCAAGCUGAUCAUAUUGAUCAUGGUUCUGUUAACACAACAUUUGAGUCGCGUGCAAUUUAUGAAUGCGAUAUUGGGUACACAUUAAAUGGAAGUCAAACAUUAAUUUGUCAACUUGACGGUACAUGGGACUCAGAACCACCAACUUGUAAUGUUACAGAUUGUGGGGAAAUAAUACCACCAAUACAGGGAUCGGUAUCACUCAUUUUAAAUGAAACAACCUUCAAUGCAACUGCAAUGUUUAACUGUGAAACAGGCUAUGAACUUACUGAUGAUAAAAUGGCAAGAUGUAAUGCCUCUGGUCUAUGGACAAGCAACCCAGAAUGCAAAAUUAAGGGUAGGCAUUUCUUAUUACACACUACUUAA